AUGCAGCUCACCACCCUCACCGCCGGCCUCAUGGCCCUCGCCGCCACCGCCAACGCGACCGCGAUCAUAGGCGACAUCAAGAUGUUCUACGACCCCGACUCUAAUUGCACAGGUGAUCCCCUCCAGGCCGAGACGGGCACCCUGCGCGGCCAGGAAAUGUCCAUCCCUCCCGAAUACCUCAACAAGUGCGAACAGAUGCCCUUGGGAAUUGGAAAUUCGACGUACAAAAAGUUUUCUGCCAACGGUAUUACGUGCAAUUUCUACUUUGAGCUUUAUGCGGAUGCCGAGUGUCAGAACCUCUCGACCAACAUUUCGAACUUCUGCGUGCCUCAUGACAAUUCGGCGACAACAGAGCUGGAUUUCGCCGACUAA